AUGAACAUGAAUCCAAAGUACUGCAAGGUGACGGUCAACACCGCGAUGCCGCCUUCUCUGAUACGACGACAAACUGCCGGCAAUGAAAGUAUCCGGUCGUACCAGCGCCGUCGACCGGUACUGCCCUACAAAAAAGCGAACGCCUUCGCUGUCUAUGAUGCGCACGAGGUCUUCAUCGACGACACGGACGACAUCGCUGUCUUGAGCGAAGACGAACCUAUGGUAUCGUCUCGCCGCCGCGCACACACCACUGCAUCCUUGUCUACUUCCGCGCGGCUUUCAAAUAUCCUGAAUCCGCUAUCGCGCAUGACGAUGCGCUGGACGGAUCAGUUGGGAGAAGAAGGGUCUUACAAGGCAAUGGCCUCCUCUACAACAAGCGCAUGCACGACUCCAGAGUUAAUGGAUUCCCCAACGUCGGUAAUGGCUCAGCAGCCAAUGAUGGCUUUGGCCGAUUCGUUCCUGGAUGUGGACACGAACGGGAGUGACGAGAUCAUGCGUCCUACAAUUGAAGAACUUGGGAGUCUAAUGGCUGGAACGCCGCCGAUUCCGGCAGGAGUUACACUCGAUAUGCUACCAAACGAACACGAGACGUCUCAACUAUCACCGUACCUGCGCGACAUAUUGCUGCACAACCAGUAUCAGCAGAGAAAUCUGUCGCGACUUGUGCUCGAAUACAGCGACGAGGAAGGUGAAAGUGAUAGGGAGAUUGAGGACGACGAUGCAAGCAGUACCACCACAGAUGACUACGGUGACGACUUGACUAACCAUUCCGUGGACAUCGAUAGUAUUCGACAAACCCGCCAAGAGGCCGCGGCGAACUUUCAAUCCUCGCUUCUGGACUUGGAUCAAUCAAAGCCACACUUUACAACCAAAGUUCUGAGGCGCGUGGGCGGCUCGGCACGCAAUGUUCGUGAACUUAGCUCUCCACGUUUGAUGAGUCAAGUUACUCGCCCUCGCAAAGCUACUGUGCCAGACCGAGGUGAAACCAUUGCAACUUUGGGUAACCACCUGCACAACGAUGAGGUUCUUUCCGUGCCCAUGUAUCACGGACAGGAACUGCAUCUAGCCUUCAAAACAACAACCGGUCAGACUACUCAAGUCCAAGGCCAUCCCAAGCGGCGUAGCAAAGGCCACAGAAAUCCCUUUUCGCGUCGUGUACGCUGCCACGCCGUUCAAGUGAUUGACGCUUUGGACGAGAGCGACACGCUACGCAUCAUUGGGCAUACUACGGACGGUAUGCUUUGCGGUGGAGAUUGCGUGUCGUUUGCACGCACUGAUGGAAUGGUGCUGCGUAUGCAAAAGAUGUCCAAGAAGCUCACCUUCAGCAACAAAAAUGACGUGCGAGCCCAGUUUAUUAUCACCGGUGUACCUGACCGCACACCCGUGACCUCGACGUCUAACUUUUACUUGCAAAGUAUGUAUGACCGCAACAAAACAGUGGGUUAUCUGCCGUCUCGACGUGCAAACAAUCCGGGUUGCCUCGCUAUGUAUGUUCACCGCAACACGGAAGACAAGGUCGAACCUGUUCAGUUCUUUCAGCGCGCCCCGAGCAAUACUUUGGUUUCUGGUACUACACGUAACAAUGGGAGUGAUUAA